UCAGUCUCGCAGCUUUGUCAUACAGACAAGCUCACUCCACAGAGGUUGGAUUACAGAGGAGAUCAUUGAAGUCAGACACACUCUCGCACAUUUUAAUCGAGAAGAAACUUACACAGGAUCAACAUGGGGAGUAGUAUGUCCUGUGUCCCCCAGCACAACUUUAGGUUCUCCAGCAAGAGUUUCAUAAGGAGGAACAGCAGCCGUCUCUUCCGGAAAAAGUACCCGCAGGAAGGGCAGGAGAAGUCCAACAGCAUCAUCAACAUCCUUUGCACCGUCACCCCCAGAAAGGAAAUGUCACCCAAGGAUCUUCAAAACAUCGAGAAUAUCCAAUGGGACCCUCCGUUCCCAUACGACCCGGUCAACGGCUGGAAAAAGAGCAGCAUUAAUGUGAAAAACUACGGCAGAAUGAUCCACAGUUCCAAAGUCCGUUUCCGCUUUCUGCACUGCAAGGAUGUGCAUGACUGCUACCUGGAUCUGUUUCAAACACACCUCCAUUUUGUCUCCAACAACACGACCGGACUCACAUACCAGGGGACACUUCCACUAAAAGAGCUUACUAUUUGCAAGGUGCAGGAUAGGAACAGCUUUGGUGAUCCAGAAGAAUUUACAUUCCAGAUAAACGGGGUCAGCUUGAAUCCUAUCAUCGUCUACUGCUCAAAAGAGGAGGAGUUGAACAACUGGUUCGGCCUUUUGAAAGAACAAAUCCAGGCCAAUGGAGGCAAUCCAAUCGUGCCUGAAAGAUACACUAGAAUCAAGGUGCAGUGCUCAGAGGAGACCGCAGUAGGGAAGGAGGAGUUGAGGAACUCCAUCAGCAGAGAGCCCAUCUAUGAAUGGGAAGGCUCACAGCGAGAGAGUCUGGGCCCCAUCACAUACGUCACAAAAGUCAGAUUGCAGCACAUGCCAUGCCAGGAGCAGUACGACCGACUCCUGGUGAUGUACGCCCACUAUCUCAUCAUUCUGUCUGAAGAAAGCGAUGGCCUCUUCUACAAGGGUAAACUUCCUCUCAACAUGAUCACGGUUACAACUCCCUGCCAGGACGUCAAACCCAACACGUUCAUGAUCGAAGGGAAGCUGAUCAAUCCCAUCGUCGUAUCCUGUCUCGACAAGAGCGAGUUCCAUGACUGGAUUCGGUAUUUCAAAAACGCUGACGUACCCAUCCUGAGCCCUCCUCCCCCCGUCUAUGACAUCAUUUACACGCCGACACAGAAACAGGCUCCUGAGUUUGACAGGUGGAGCGGCAGCAGCAGAGAAGCCACUGACCUGCAUCGACAGCCUCAAGACAAGCGAAGAUCCCGUGAGCUCCAGCUGCCCGCUGGUGAUGACAACCCCAUUUCCCCCGGUUACACAGAACCUCUUUGUUUCAUUUCAAGCAGACCCACCUCCUCGGACACUCAAUACUCUGCUCAUCUGGGCAGCCGUAGCAGCAGCUUUUCCUCUCGUGCCAGACCCACACCAGACCACCGACCCAUGUCGCUCCGCUACCCCUCCCCUUCACAUUCAUCACACCUGACCACAGAAGCGCCCAUGUCACCUGUUUACAACACACCCUACACUUCAGUUCACUGCAAUGGCUCCGUUCAACGUGUCGAGAAAGCUCCACUAGUCAAGUCUAACAGCUGGAGCACCUCGCAGACACCUAGCAAACACCAGCUCAUAGUUCCUCACCGGCACUCCGACUUGGUCGGCCACCGCAAACCUCUCUCACCCCUUUACGAUGACCCCGGUACCCCUACAAUGUAUCCUCUAGAAGAGAAUCCUGCACAUGCAUCGCACUCUUCUCAAAGCUUCAUGGAGCAGUCGUACCCCGCUCUCCUUCCUUCCUCCUUCCGGCUGUGCACUCCUCCACUCGGAAGAAAAAACAGAUACAGCCCGGCUCCGGUGUCCGAGGUGGCCAGCAGCCAGUGGUCCGAUGAACUACGCGCCCAGGCUGUUUCCAGAUUGAAGAUGCUGCCUACUCCAAACCGCCUGCCAGAACACAACCACAUCUCCCAGAGAGGUUUCUCAGGACAUACUGUCAUGGACACGCAGCAGACAUCAUACAGUUACUCACCAGAUGACAAUUCUUACCUUCAACCAAUAGAACCAGACGACCAGGAAAUGGACUACGAUAACAUUUGGGAGUUUGACCUGGAUAAUAGGAUGAUUCAGCCCCUGCCUGGAACCUCACCACAUCGGACACCGGCUCACUUUAGAGCCCAAGGCCUGGGCGCUAUGACAACACAGCAGAGAUGGUCAUAAAAGAGAACAAUGGGCUUUAGCCCGUCCAGACUUGCACACAUAGCAGAAUACUCAAAGCCGUACACACACACACCUUUACAUGCACAAGUGAAGGUCUCACACUGCAUAUUCAGUUUAUUUACACAUGAACUAUUUUGUACAUGCAGUUUCGUAUCAUUUUCAGGUGAUGGUGUAAGACUGACUGAGUCUUAUUUAUAAUAUUGAUCACUGGUGUAUGCAUUUAAUUUAAACGUGUACUAUGUGCAUUUAUGUAAAUAAGAAGGUUGUCCAUUCGUUGAAAUAGCUGUCCUUUUUUUAAGUAGCAUUUGGAAGUUCUUGCAUUCAGUUUCUGGAGACUUUUGGACACUGUAAGGAUACCUUUUUAGGUACACAGCAGAUGUAAAUAUUUCUUUAUUUAAUAUUUAAUAGUUUAUAUAUUAUCAAUUAUUUGUAUUAUUAUUAUAUUUCGAUAUGGUUUUCUAUAGUUUUUAUUCUGUGGUAAUAGAAAACAGCUGUAAUGGUUCAUUUGAACACUUA